AUGAAUAUAUUUACAGUUUUACAAAUCCAAAUUUUCGUCUUAUACGCACUUAUUAAGUGCGCUGCUGGAAGUAUAAAUGAAGAUGCUUAUAAAGUAAAGGAUUCAAGAACAUUAACUCCAGGUCAUAAGAAGUAUGAAUACAAAUAUGAUCAUUAUAAGGGUGGUCCCGUUAGAGAAGAAGUUAAGAAAUGGUUAGAUCUAGAGUUUCAUACGUCUAUUGAUGUGUUAUACGCAUUGUUGCCUUUAAGUGAGGAGGGACAUGAUAUUAUUGAUAUAAUAAAUAAUAGUGACCUUGUUUUAAAAACUCUUCGUAAUUUUGAAAAUAAGUAUUCAUUCAGAUUUAUUGAUGAAAAUACUAGACAGCAUUGUAAUGUAAGAAUAAAAGGACGUCUUCUAUUUUUUGUACGUUUAAAAGAAAUAACAGAAGAAUAUUGUAAACAAGUACAGAAAUAUUUCUGGAUAGAAGAAAGAUUAGAAGAAGAAAUGUCAGUUAAGGUAGAUAAGGAACAAACAAUGCAAGAGAAAAAAAAGAUGUGUCGUAAUAUUGAAGAAAUGAAAGCUCUUGUAAGUAUUUAUGAAAAAGAUAGAAGUGUACAGUUAACAGAAGAUAUGAUCCUUCAUACAGUAUGUAAAGCUAGGGGCGUGCUUUUAGAUUUAAUAAAAGUAUAA